AUGAAUUGCGAUUCUAGUUCUCCGAUUUCUGGGUCUGGUUUUGACUCGGAAAGUGAUGACUUUGAAUUCGAAUUUUUCUCAUCCCCAUCACGUUCAGAAAUUUCAGGAUCGGAAAUUACUCCAACAGAUAAUGAAGAAGCUGAUGACACUUGGUCGAGUUCCUCAUUUGAAACGGAGGAUACUACCACUUUUAACACUAAAGACGCUAAGGGAGAAGACAGAAAAACAGAAGUUUCUACACUAUCAAAGAUUUGUAAGCACGAUCAUAAUGACAAUCGUAAGCAGAUUGUAAAUAAAUUGAUAAAUCUUAACAUACAACAGAUUGCUUAUGACAAAAGUUCAGACAAUGGAAUUCCAUCUACAAGUGCUAAUUGUAGUUAUAGCAAUACACAGCAGAUUAGACAUGAUGAAAGUUCAGAUAGUGAAGCUCCAUCUGCAUCUACAAGUGCUACUUGUAGUAGUAGCAAUACACAACAGACAAGUGAUGACAAAAGUUCAGACAGUGAAGCUUCAUCUGCAUUAACAAGUGCCAAUAAUAAUGGCAAAUUUUACUGUGAUUUUUGUGGUGAAAGGUAUAAUUCAGAGGCAGAAAGAGAUAUCCAUAAAUUACAUCAUUUAGUAUACGAUUCGUAUGUCUGUGAAGUAUGUAAUCAACUGUGUAAGAAAAGAGAAGAAUAUAUAUUACAUUAUACUUUACACGAUCAGGGUUGUGACGUGUCAAAAUAUAUUCCGAUUAAAAAGGAUACAACACGUCAUAGAUUUCGUUGCAAGUUUCAUUGUGGCAAAACUUAUCGUUUUUCUAGAAGCUUAUCAAGGCAUUUAAAGAAACACAUUAAAUCUUAUACUUGUGAUGUAUGUCGUUCGUCAUUUCCUACCCUUCUCUUAUGUCAUAAGCAUAAGCUAAGCCAUGUCCAAAAGUGCAUUCAUGUUUGCAAUGUUUGUGGCAAAAUAUUUCACAGGGCUUAUCAACUCACUGUACAUAUGCAAACCCAUAAAACUGAAAAGAAAUACGAAUGUGUAGAGUGUGGUGUUGCAUAUCGUUAUGAAACUAGUCUGAUGAGACAUUCGCUGAAAUAUCAUUCACCAGAUUCUCCAAAAAUUCUAUGCGAUGUGUGUGGGAAACUUUUCAAAAGCAAAAAAAUGUUUAGUCGUCAUACUAUUUUACAUGCAAUGACAAAGCUUAUAGAGUGUUCUGAAUGCACACAAACAUUUAAAUAUCGUUCUGGUUCUCGUUUUCAUCACCUCAUCCUUAAGAACACAAAGCCAUUUUGCUGCAGUCUGUGUGGUAACCACUAUAAAAGUGAAAGUCUUUUGCAAUCUCACAAAGCUAUGCAUUAUUGA